CAAAAUUCUCAAAACUUCUCACAUUCCUGGCGUCUCACAAUUCUCCUCUUUUCCCGGCGAUCUGUCGCCGCCGGCCGUCCGAUCACUUUUCCGAUCAUCUCAAACCCUAAUUCCGACCCGAUUCUCCCAAAUCACCCGUUCCAUUAUCGUUGACCUAACUUUCCAAUUCCCCAAUUUGUUCUCCAAUUCACCGAUUUGAUCAACCCCAAUGGCAUUUCAUCACUCCUUGUAAACUUUCUACAACUCUCCCCUUUAAUCUCCGAACCCGCAAUUCUCUACAUCUUUCUCAGUUUAUUACAAUUCAUAACAAUGGCGAUCCGAUUAACCGUCACUUAUUCCGGCUACCUAGCCCAAAACAUAGCUUCCUCGGCUUCAUCAAAAGUCGCAGGUUGUCGUUUCUUUCACGAAUGUACUAUAACCGUCCGAUCUCGCAUCUUCCAUCAAAAACCCGAAUCACCCCCAAAUUACUCCGAUUUUCGAAACCGGGUCAAACCUCCCGUCCGGUCUUUUUCAUCCGGUUCAAUAUGUUCAUCACGUGCUCUUGAAUUUCUUUGUGAAAGUUCCAAUUCACCUAUGGCGGUUGGAUUGAUUUCAUUGAUGAAGUCAUCUUCUACAAUGGGUAUUUCACCAUUGAAAGCGUCGUCGUUUCUUACGUUUUUACAAGGUUCAAAGUGGCUUCCUUGUAAUCAGCCAAGUAGUAAAUGUAGUGAAAGUGAAAGGGUGGUUGUUAGUAAGGAACCUUUGGUUAGUGAAUUGAAGGUGGUUAAUAAGACGUGUUGGGUGUCAAAGUUGUUGAAUAUAUGUUCUGAUGAUGCAAAAGCUGCAUUUACAGCGUUGAGUGUUAGUAUAAUGUUUAAAUCAUCUUUGGCUGAACCAAGAUCAAUUCCAUCUGCUUCUAUGUCACCUACUUUGGAUAAAGGGGAUCGUAUAAUGGCUGAAAAGGUUUCAUAUGUUUUUCGGAAUCCUGAAAUUUCAGAUAUAGUGAUAUUUAGAGCACCGCCAAUCCUUCAGCAUAUUUCUGGUUGUAAUGCUGGAGACGUCUUCAUUAAAAGAGUUGUUGCAUUAGCUGGGGACUAUGUUUAUGUGCGUGAGGGUAAACUGUUUGUGAAUGGUAUUGCUCAAGAUGAAGACUUCAUUUUAGAGCCCCUUGCCUAUGAAAUGGAACCAGUGCUUGUUCCUGAAGGCUAUGUGUUCGUGAUGGGGGACAAUCGUAAUAAUAGCGUUGAUUCUCAUGACUGGGGUCCACUUCCCAUUGAAAACAUUAUUGGCAGGUCAGUAUUCAGAUAUUGGCCUCCGUCCAGAGUGUCGGACACCCUACAUGGUUCACUAAUGGAGAAGAGAGUAAUUGCAGUUUCUUUGAUUUUGAAGUAUGGUCUCCAUGUAACAAUUUUCUCUGCUGUGUUGUCAUUGCCCCUCUGCAAGAGAUCUGAUUGUUGUCUCUGCAGAAAGCAAAGCAAAGAAAAACCUGUUAAUAAUCCCAUCACCAUUGCAGUGCAAAAAAAUCAAAGAUCAAUGAUGAUCCUUACCCCUUUCUUUUCUUCUUCUACUUUUCUCAUACUCUUUGUUCUUCUCUCUAUAUCCCCAUCUCUAAUUUCUAUUGCCACGUCAUCUUCCUUACCUUUCAAUAUUUCUCACUAUCUUUAUCCAAGAAUCAGCUACGUGGAAUAUCCACAAUUGUCACCUAAUCCUCCUUCAUUUCUCCAGGAUGUGUUAAAGGGGAUUGCUGAACGAGAGAAAUGGGAUUUGCAGGACUUAAGAGUUUCCAAAUUGGAUGUAAAGAAAUCGAAGUUUGGGACUUUAAGGAAGUAUGAGUUUCGCGUCCGAAUUGGGAAGACGGAAUUCGUAUUCAUGAUGUCAGAUGAAGUAUCUCACUGGAAAAGCUUUCAUUUUCCUAGCAAGAAUGAGUCUGAGUCUGACUUCGAGUCUUUGGUUAAAGAGAUUGGUUCAAAGGCUACUCUUGAUGUCCUAAAAAUCCAAGGGCCAUUCGAAUUGUACGCUACUGGAGAUGAUUACCUCUCACUGACCUUACCUCUGAACUCUUCCUAUACGGGGUUGAAAAAGAUCCUUGUUGGUGAGGGCAUCACUGUAGAAGUUAAAGGUGCUGAUGAAAUAUCAAUGUUCAACAUCUCUGAUUUGCUGAAAUUAGUAAAUGGAAGCAUUUUGACCAAGUCAGGGAGCGGUCAAUUUGGAUAUAUGUCACAAUCGUGUUGCAUACCGUUGCUUCCUGUACAUGCAAGGGGACCUACUUCAGUACUUGCCUACAUAACCAGAAACCCUGAUUUAAGAAUUGAAACUACGUUUGUGUCCAGAAGAUCUAUCAAGUUGCUAUCUGAAAAAUGUUAUACAAGGCAUAUAUACAGAAAACGGAGCUUGUACAAUGAUUUUCUGAGCCAGAAGAUAGUAUUACUGGAAAAAGUGCUAAGGAGUUUUCUAGGUGGUAAAGCCAGUCAAAUUGCAAAUUUCAAUCUUAUAAAAGUGAAAGUUAAAGACUUGACUAUUUUUCGCUUCCAGUUGGAGUUGGAAAGAGGUAUUCAGAACAACGACACAUAUUGGACUACUUUAGGGGAGUGGAGAACAAGGCCAGUUGUUGAGCGUUCAUGGUUUGAAGUAACCGCAAGGUUUGAGGCAGAGAUCUUGAAGCCGCGUUUGAUUAAGAAGGUCAGACCUUUUAUUGAAGUAGAUUCAUCAUCAUGGAGUAAUUUGAUGUCAAAUUUGUCCUUUACCAAAAUUUCUUCUUUUCUUGUCCCACCAGAGCCUUUAACAUUGGAUGUUAGAUGGUAGGGAAUAACAGGUUGUUUAUUUAUUUAUAACCAGUCUGGCUUGCUGUAAUGUAGAUUCUUAUCUUCCUUACUGUGUAAAUUGAAAAUGGUUGCCUGAUUUGUACAUCAUAUCAUUUGUAUAUUGAAAGUCGUUGGAAAGGAACUAUAAAAGAUUACCUGUUUUGUGAA